UGUGGCCUGGAUGCCGUUUUUCAUGGUGUACCGUUAUCGUAAAAUAACUUAGGUUCUCUCGCAGUUGUGUACGUAGUAUACAUCUACACGUCCGAUUUCGCCCGUCCGAUCGAAAAAGGAGCGGGUGUUCGUCGCGAGUUUCGAACAUGCCGCAUUGCUUCUAUUCUCUUCUCUUCCGAGUGAGUCGUCGUGGUGGAAAAAAGGCCGCCGACUCGUGGAUCGAGACCGGCGUCUGCCUAUUCGAUAUUCCUCAGUUCUGCUCGGCAAACGUAGCACGAUAGAUCGCCGCGGCCACGCGGAUGUCGUGAUCUCGUCAGAUAGCACGACGUCGUCUUCCUAGAUAAAAGUCGAUUGUCCUUGUCAAUUCUUGUCGUGCCAAUCUGGCCGAUCCUCUUUCUCGCUAAAAGUGAUUAUUACGCGCACUAGGAAGCGCAGCAUGAGAGCCCAAAUAGUCCUACUGGGAAUUCUGCUCGUUUGCACCAGCAUUCGAUUUGCCGAAAGCAGAUCGAAGAAAACAACACAGUUGUCGCUGCAAAGCAAGGAAACCAAUGUGGUUAAUUUUAUGCGACUGCUGAUGAUGAGAUUGGUCUUCGGGGUAGCUUCAGCGAUGGGGCUGGGUGAGAAUCUCUCAGGUAUGCUCGGCGGGAUCUUUGUGCCCCCCGGAGCUGACGAGUAUAACGAUGAUUAUGGCGAUGAUGGAUUCGUACCUGAUAUUUUUUAAAGUAGACAUUUUGUAGCUCUAGCGUAUUUUCGUCAGCAUUAUGCAGCAAUUAUGGCAUCUUAUCGGAAUUUUGUUUAAACAAAAGGUGCAUAUUAUAUAAAUAAAUAAUUAUCCGAGUAAAACCAGAUCGAACUAUAUGACAGAAAUUCCGCUGUUCAUUACUUUUAUACAAAAUGAAAUAUACUGAAUAAAUUUUUCAAAGAUUAUCUAGGUCGAUAGAAAUAAAUAGAAUCGAAUGCAAAAUGAAAAGAUAAAUGAGAAAAUUGAUACGAGUACAUAGGUAUAUCACAUAUUCUCAUUUGUGUAUGUAUUUUAAACAUAACGUGUAUAUAAAUAUGAGAAAAGAUAGAUUAAUAAUAUGUGUUCAAAGCUGUAGCGAUUAAACUUUAAUAAAUUAACUAAUAUUUAUUUAAUAAGUUUAUUUAUUUAUUUAAUAAAUUUCGUAUGAAGAAACGUAGACUGUAGAACAAAUGAUUUUAUAAUAAUAAUGAAAUUAAAG